CAACAGCAAAUUUUACCUGCACGGAUGUUGAUCACGUGACCCCCAUGCUCGUCCUUUUUUGACGGCGGCCAUCUUGAGAAAGCUGAAAGAUGACGAACGGCCAUGGUUAUCGCCGCGGUACGCGGUAUAUGUUCAGCCGCAAAUUCAGGGCACGUGGUCCGAUCCAUCUGUCCACCUACCUCCAUGUCUACAAGCGCGGUGAUAUCGUGGACGUCAAGGGCACGGGCACCGUGCAGAAGGGCAUGCCUUACAAGGCCUACCACGGUCGCACGGGGCGGAUCUUCAACGUCACAAAUCACGCUGUUGGUGUCAUCGUCAACAAGAGAGUAGGGAACCGCAUCAUCCCGAAGCGCAUCAACCUGCGUGUGGAGCACGUGAAGCACUCCCGCUCCAGGGAGGACUUCCUCAAGCGCGUCAAGAAGAACGAUGAGUUGAAGAAGAAGCACAAGGAAACCGGCGUCUACAAGAACUUGAAGAGAGAGCCCGUUGGACCCCGCCCAGGUCACAUGGUACGCACCGCCAACAACGUGCCCCAGCUGGUGGAACCCAUCCCAUACGAGUUCAUCGCAUAGUUCUGACACGUCUUGGAGAUAUAAUAAAAACAGACAAACCUUU